AUGAUAACUUUGUUAAUUAUCUCAUGUAGAUCUAAAUUCAUUCGUUGUGAUCCAUGUCGACUUGAGUUUUCAAGCAUUACAGCUUAUGAAUAUCAUUAUGAGUCAAGACAUGCCAACGUCUGUUCUAUCUGUCAAAAGAUAUUCCCAGGGGCGGAAUGGUUAAAAUUGCACCUGGACGAAUUACACAAUGUACUUUUGAAGCUUCAAAAAGAAAAGGGCGGCAAGAUCCAUAAAUGUUAUGUGGAAACUUGCUCUAAAUAUUUCUCAACACCCAAAAUGCGUAGACUACACCUUAUAGACAAACACAAAUACCCAAAACAUUUUCCCUUUGACUUGGUCUUUACAGGGACACUCACUUUUGAACAAUUAAAAAAAAGGGACAAGAAGAACAAAAGGAGAUUGAAACAAAGAGAGGCAAUAGAAAUGGAUGUAGACAAGAAGCCAAAGCGAAAGAACAGUUUCAAACAAGAUCCAAUGGAUGCAUUAGCUCAAGAGUUCAACCAAAAACUAAAGAUACCUCAAACCAUAUCAUUCGGUCGUCCGACAAAGCCAGUGUUGCGAAAGAGACAAAGGAAGAAGAAAAAAGACAGCGCGAUGGACAUUGAAUAA